AUGGUUGUCAAAUUCGCCGCCAUCUUCUGCGUGGUAGCAGCAGCAGCUGCGGUGGUGGUGCCGGGUCCGGUGGCCGUGCAACAGGUGGCCGCGCCCGUCCAGAAGCUCAUUUACGCGGAGCCCGAGGCCCCCGCACAGUACGAGUACGAGUACUCCAUCAACGACCCCCAAACUGGCGACGUCAAGUCUUCAAAGGAAAACCGCAACGGAGAUGACGUUCAUGGAUACUAUUCCCUAGUUCAGCCCGAUGGUGUGCAACGGAUCGUGGAGUACACAUCUAGCAAGGAGCAUGGGUUUAACGCUGUAGUUCGAUAUGAAGGACAGGCUAAAGUGGUCGCCCCCGCACCCGUUGCUUUAGCCGCACCUGUGGCGAAAGUAGCGUAUGCACCCGCCCCGGUGGCUAAGGUCGCGUAUGCCCAAGCGCCAGUAGCCUACGCACCCGCUCCCGUCGCCAAAGUCGCCUACGCUCAAGCUCCAGUGGCUUACGCGCCCGCCCCAGUGGCUAAAGUCGCUUACGCCGCUCCUGCUCAAGUUGCCUACGCUCCAGCUCCAGUUGCGAAGGUUGCGUACGCCCAACCUGUCGCCAAAGUCGCGUACUCCCCAGCCGCCUCUGUCGGACACGUUACCUACGCGUCGCCAUCUGUCUCAUACUCUCACUAG